ACUGUAAACACGACAAACAUUUUAUUGUUGUUUUACCCUCCAAAGAAGCUUCUUCAUUUAACAUUUUUCAUCUACUAAAAUUUUGUGAACAUUAUUAACUAAUGUCUGAAAAUUCGGUGAUUGUUAUCGGCGAUAAAGGAGUCGGAAAAACAACAAUGAUUUAUAAAUUUUUGGACAAAGAGGAAGCCGCUAAGCCGACAAUUGCUGUUGACUACUCCUUCGGCCGCAAAGCUAAUAAAAAUUUAUCCAGAGACCUGAUACACAUCUGGGAAGUGGGUCAUCUCACCCCAUCAAUUAUAAACGCAGCGCUGGUUGGCAGUUCGCUGUCACAAGCAACAACGUUUAUUAUAAUCUUGAACCUGAUGGCUACGAAUACAGUAUGGCUAUCAUUAGAAACCUGCCUGGGGGCAGCCUGGGCAGCCAUCAAAGCCCACCUGGAUGACGCGAGUAUUGAGCAAAUGAAAAGCCAAAGGAGUAAAGAACUCACGGAAGCUCGUUCUUCGAUAAAUAUCGAGGGAAAGUUCAUCAAUCCUUUUCCUUUUAGGCUGUGCAUUCUCGGAGGACAGUAUGAUAAAUUCAAAAAAUUAGACACAACUACAAAACAGACCAUCGGAAAAACUCUGCGCGGAAUUGCAUACAAUUUAGGCGCCGAUUUGCAGUAUUACUCUUCAAAAGAAGGUUCCUUGAUAAAAAAAAUGAAAGAACUCAUGUCCUACUACGGAUUCAAUCACCAAAGAUCUAAAGAGUGCAUCACAGAUUACAACAGUCCGUUGUUGAUACCAUCGGGCACUGUGGCGGACGAUGAUUCCAUUGCAAACUCGGCAAUCGUUGUCGAUAAGAUCAAGAGGAUAUUUUUUAGUUGUCCUAAUGUUCAUAAUAACAACAGCAAUCAAUUAAAGUUGUUGAACGAGGAGCAGGACUCAAUUAACGACAAUCCAAUUGACGACACUAAUUUUAAUGAAGCCGUUAUUGAUCACUUGAGAUCCCAACGCAAUGAGGAAAUUGAAAUUAAUUUGGAGAAAAUGAUGGAAGGAGGUUUGAACAAAAAUAUCAUCAUCACUGAUCCUUAUUGAUUCAAUAUUGGUGAAAUAAAUAUUAGACAAAGUUUUGUGGAUGAAAAAGAGUAUAA